UUUUUCAAGUUUCAAAUCCAAAAAUCAUGAGUUAAAUAAUUUAAAAUAAAAAUGCCCCCAUGCAGGAUCGAACUCAGACCUUCAGUUUACAAGACUGACGCUCUACCACUGAGCUAUAGGGGCCUUUCUAUUAGUUUUGCCAAAAAAAAUUUAUUUUUAAAUAAACAAAACAAAAAAAUACAAAAAAAAUCGCAAAUAAAUAGAGAGAUAAAAACAAAAAGCGCCAUUUCCAGUUAACUUGGAUUCCAUUAAAACACCUGAAUUUUCUCUCUAAAAAUGGAGGAUAAUUUUGAUCCUGACCUAGUUCACGCCAUUUUCAAGCUCGUCUGGCGCAAAAAAGCACUUGAGAGAGAAAGGAAUGAAGGCAUUGAUAAUCUGGACAAUGAGGUAACAGCUGGAGCUAAAAAGAUUCGGCCAACAUCUGCUAAUGCAACUGCUGUGAAACUGAGUUGUGAACUUCUCCGGAUCUUCAUCACAGAGGCCAUUCAAAGGGCUGCCACCAUUGCUGAAGCAGAAGGUCUUAGUCAGAUUGAAGGAACUCAUUUAGAACGAAUUCUCCCUCAAUUACUGCUGGACUUUUGAGGCACUGCAAGGACUGUGAUGUUUGUGUUUAGUCAAAACAAUGUGUGAUUUUGGAGUAAGUGAAAUCAAACGUUAGAAUAUUCAAACUUAGAAUCUUCAAUACAUGUUAUAAUCAUCAAUAGUGUGAAUAAAGAGGAUUAUAUUUGAAACUACUGCACCUUGAUAUGAGUAUCUUUGCAUGAC